GCGGGAAUUCGCAGGCUCCUCCCCGGGCCCGGUACCGCUCCCCCGGCCAUGGCCCCUGCGCUGCUCCUGGUCCCUGCGGCCUUGGCCUCCUUCGUUCUGGCCUUUGGCACCGGGGUGGAGUUCGUGUGCUUCACGUCCUUGCACCCGCUGCUCGGGGGCUCCCCGAAGCUGCGGCCAGAUAGUCGACAGGAAUGGCUGACUGCCCUACAGGACCCUGGCAUCUUGGCAGCUCUAGCGCAGGACCUGGGGCUGGUGCUGCUGUUCAUGGGGCAGCACAGUCUUAUGGCAGCAGAACCUGUGAAGACAUGGAUGACCCAGCACUUCGGGGUCCUGCAGAGGUCGCUCUAUGUGGCCUGCACUGCCCUGGCCCUGCAGGUGGUGAUGCGUUAUUGGGAGCCAGUGCCAGAGGGCCCAGUCCUCUGGGAAGCACAAUCAGAGCCCUGGGUAACCUGGGUACCCCUUCUCUGCUUCGUGAUGCACAUCAUAGCUUGGCUUCUCAUUUUUAGUAUCCUCUUAGUUUUUGACUAUCCUGAGCUCAUGGGCCUCAAACAGGUAUAUUACCAUGUGCUGGGGCUAGGGGAGCCAUUGGCUCUGAAGUCCCCUAGGGCACUGAGACUCUUUGAGCACUUGAGACAUCCUGUGUGUGUGGAGCUCCUGACAGUGCUAUGGGCUGUGCCCCGACUGGGCCUUGACAGAAUCCUCUUGGCUGCACUGCUCACCCUCUACCUGGGCCUGGCACAUGGGCUAGACCAGCAAGAUUUGCGCUACCUCCGUGCCCAGCUUCAAAGAAAGCUUCAGUUACUUGCUGGGCCUAAUGAUGUAGAUGCUGAGUGAAAUCUAGCCCUUAGGAUGAAACUGUUGUCCCUAGGCUCUAAAGCCCUGAUUGUCCCCCACCCCUACUCCCCAUUCAAAGUUCUGUUCCCCAAAAUCCAAGAGCUAUCCUAGAUAAUCUGUCUUCUGGAUUCCAGGUUCCACUCCUGAAUUUGAGGUUUCCACCCCUACUCUAACUUGAGAGGCCACCCCUUGAAACUUGAGGCUGCAUGCUUCUGGGUCCUUAGAUGCCUCCCCCACCCCAAAACUCUAUCUCUCCUGAAUUCCCAGCUCUACCUCCUAGACUCCAAAUUUCUCUCCCUGUGGACUUCAGGCACGGUUCUCUGGAUAUGGUAUGGAGCUAGCUCUCUGACUUGGAGCCCACACUCAGAUUCCAGAUUUAGUAUCUCUUAAUCCAGGAUCCCACUCCCCUACCUAAGGAUCCCUCAAUUCAAUCUAGAAAGAGAGAUGAGACUUGGGGAGGAGUGAGGAUUUUGUGCCCAUCCCCCAAUGAUAGGUAGGCCUCUUUCCGCCUGUUUUCCUCUCCAAAUCCCAGGGGAAAGAGGUUGGCCCUGAUCAGUCCACUACCACUGAUCCCCAAACCCAUUCUCAGGGACCUCUCCUUUUCAUUUAUAUCUUUACCCACCCCAGAGUUAGACUGGAACUGAGGUGUUUCUCAGCCUCCAGAUGGAAGUACCUUUCCUUAGCUCCCUCUCUCCCAUUCCUCCAGGCCCUCCCUUAGUAUCCUUGAGGUUCUUUUUAGGAUUUCUUCCUCACCACUUAGGCCCUAUGUCCUCAGAGCAGAUGUUGGGAGGAUGGGGCAGGAACAUCUUCACUCCCCACCCCAGUGCCUUCAUGUUUCCCAGAGAACAUGUAAGAAGCUGGCAAAUAAAUCCAAAUACCAUGUCUUUUCUUCA